AAUUUCAUGAUUUCUGGAUAUGUGUCUUUGUUAUAUAGUAUCAGCGAAAAACCUUUAGAGUAUUGGAGUAAGCAACAGUCGCAGUCGGGUCGUAUUCGUAAAAUCUUAGAUUCGGAUUUAUUAGAAAAUGUGAUCGAGUUACAAGAUUUCGAACAACAUGGGUAUGGCACUUCCAUCACUUGCCCCUCUGAUUCUUCUCAAUUUCUCAAUAUCAAAUUACCAAUUUUAGUUGUAGUUAUAAAGAACUUGAAUUUACAAUGUCGUAUACAAUUGCAGAUAACAGAUAAUCAAAACUGUUUGCAUAAUUUUCAAUUCACGAAUUUGGAAUCGGAGAAACAAAACUCUAAGGCUGUAAUUUGUCGCGUGAAGGUGAAGCUAGAAACCGGUUGGAAUAAAUUAGAAUUGAAUUUAGCGAGUUUAACUCAAACCGCUUUCAAGCAAGAAUAUGCUACUGCGCAGAGAAUUCAAAUUUGCGGCAAUUGUCGUUUACGUAGAAUAUAUUUCAUAGACAAACAUUAUGACGAUCAAGAAGUUUGCCCAACGUUAUAUCACAAAUUUCUUGAUUCCUACAUGCUAAAAUGGGGCAUUCAUACCGUAGAAAGAGCCACGCAAACUAAUGCGAAAAAGAUGAAGAGCAAAUCGAAGAGUAACAGUUUGAAAAUUUCGAAACAAUUCAGUAUUGAAGAUCUAAGUGCGGGAGAAACUACUAGACAAAAUUGUUCUAAAAUUGUUUCUACCGUAUCAAAAUUGACCGAUGAAGACUUUUUAAGAAAUUUACAGAUCAAGACAGAUAUAUUGAUCAACGAAUUCUUCAACAGACAGGACACUAAACUUUUGCAAGUCUCAGAAUUGAAAGACAAUACUGCAAUGAAGCCUUAUGCUUUUCCAAUAAUGCACUCGAGGAAACCGUUCAGUUAUAAUCGUAUUUCGGAAGAUGCAUUAAAAAGAAUAGGUGUUUUGCGAACGUUUACGGAAACUUAUAUAUGCAACGAGGAAAAACGUAAAGAGACUAAUAUGAUACAGGAAAACUGGAAGCAUAGAUAUUUUUUUCCUCAAGAGAAAUCUUUGAUUAACAACGAUUUGUCGAAAAAGAUUUUAAGCAAAAAAAUAUUGGAACGAAAACCGAAAUCUUUGCUUAUAUUGUCUGAAUUGAAACCUGAAAGGAAACAGACCUCUGAAAUGAAGAAGAUUGAUGAGCAAUCUAAAUGUGACGAAAGUGUUUAAACGAUAUGACUAUUGAUUAAAUUAAAAAAUUAAUUGUCAAUUGAUUUAUUUUUAAUAUUAAUUGUAAUGAUAUUAAAAUUUCGUUUCUUUCGUUGUUGCCAUUUCUUUUAAUUAGAAUCAAAAGCGAUUUUUUCUUAUCAAUGUUUUUUUAAUCAUUACUUACAAUUUCAAAUAUUUCUUUAUUAUAAGUAUGUAAAGAAAAAGAAAAAAAUAUUUACCUGUCUAAUACAUUGCGAAACAGCAGCAUUAAUUAUCGACGGGGUAAUAUCUGAUCCAUACUCUAAACUAUGCAAUUUAAUACCCAUAUUUAAGAUAGGAUAACAUAAUUUUGGUCCGUUUGAAAGAACUGAUUUAACACCAUUUUUCACAGCUUUCAUUAUAUUUUUUGGUAUAAUUUUAAUAAAAUCCUUCGAUUUGUCUAAUAAAAAA